UUUUUGUUUGUUUGUUUGUUUUUGUUUUUUGUUUUUUGUUUUUUCUUGCUGCGUGAAGCUAUCAAUUAACCAAAGCUUUGUGGGGAAGUCAAUGUUUGAACAAACAAAAACGAUAUGAAAUAGGCAAUUAACCAUGAUGUUGCAUCUCAUCAAACAGGUGAUUCUCUGAUGGACCAAUGAAAGCCAACAAUGACAAGUUGUGGUCAACAGUCCUUGAAUGUGCUGAUGGUUCUGGUUUCAUUGCUCUUGUCAGCAGUGUUGUCCGCACAUUUUCGGGUCUGCGAGCCAUAUACAGACUACAAAGGACGCUACCACUUUGGUUUUCACUGCCCCCGUCUUUCUGACAAUAAAUCUUACAUCUUUUGCUGUCACCAUAACAACACAGUAUUUAAAUACUGCUGCAAUGAGACAGAAUUUCAGACUGUUAUGCAGAUGAACUUAACAGGGAAUGCAGAUGGAUAUAUGCAUAACAACUACAGCGCACUGUUAGGGGUGUGGAUCUAUGGUUUUUUUGUGGUGAUCUUGCUGGUACUGGACCUUUUAUAUUACUCUUCAAUGAACUAUGAUAUUUGCAAAUUUUACCUAGCACGGUGGGGAAUACAGGGAAAGUGGAUGACACAAGGACAGAGCCGAUGGAUUAAUUCUGCUCAGGACCCAAGCCAAGUACAGACUCAGCCUCAGCCAGAGACGCAGCCUCAAACUCAGCCUCAGCCACAGCCUCAGACAUCACAGACAGUACAUACUCUCAAAGGAGAUGCUUUAAGCCCACCCCUGAUGUCUUUUCAGAGUACAUCUGCCUGAAAAGUAUAUUGAUGUGCCUCAGGAUGGGAGAGGUAAGAUCAGACUCCAUGGAGCAGCUUUCAAGGAAACCAAUUCAAUGACAAGAACUUAAAAAAUGGUGGAUAAGCAGCAGAGAGAGAAAAAGGACCGGAUGGAGGUUGACCAAGUCACCUGGAGAGAAACAUCUUUCAGACAACCUCUAUAGGCAAACAAUGUAGAAAGAGUUUCCAGAAGACAGUAGUCCGUAAGCAAUAUUUUAAUUUUAGACCAACAAUAUUAUCUUUGAAAGGAAGCAUAAUGUCUGAGAAAGUGCUCAGUAGGAAGAAAAUAAAGUUGCUCUGGCAAAUCUGGACAAAGGUGGAAAAAGAUCACAAGACAAACCUUUGGUAGAUAACUUUUCUUUGCCUCCCCAUCCAUCUAUUGCCAUUUGAGCCUAAUCUAAAUGUCAGAAUAAGGAAUGUGAGUUUUUCCAAAGUUCUCUGGUGAUUACUUUGUCACAAUAGAGUAGAUGCUGGCAGUCCCCACGUUGUCAUGCAUAACAAGGUAUGUGAAGCCUUCACCACCAAUCAAACUGCAGGAUAGCAGCUGAUUCAGCCUUAGUGCACAUUUUAAGAUCAUUGGCAAUGAUUUUGCUAAGAUAUCAAAUACCUGAAUACAUCUCAGCUUCAAUAGCUUCACAUGCUUUUCUGAAGAGGGGAGCUUUUAUUAAGAAGCAACAGGCACCCCAUUCCUCCCCCAUACUCCUUGAAGCUGAAAGAAUAUUAGAAGACAAGCAACAACCUUUAUAUUACAAAAGCAAUAAUACCAUUGUCCCUCUGCUUUACAAGGCAAUAAUCCAAUUCCCUCAGCCACUGACUGAUGUCAGAGUUUAUCCCUCCCAAAUCUAAGAGUUCAUUUGUAAGUCAAAAGAGAAAUGAUGCUGACACAGAAGCACCUGGAGUACUUGGUGACUAAGUUAAGAAAGCUUAACUUAACUUUCCACAGGACAGGUUUACUUAAAAAUCACACAAUAUCAAUUACACGAGCAAAUUCUGUGAAAUGUAAUCAUUUGUUAAGAUCUAUUUGUGGAAAACCUGGCAAUGACAACUAAGCAGAGUUCAUCUAGAAAUUGCAACACAGCGUCACGCUAAUACCAAAUUAAUUUUUCCUGCCUAAUCUUUUGUCCCGCGGAUACAAGUAAUUUUAUAAUAAUGACAUAUUUUAUUGUACAAACAGCAUGAAGAACAUUUUGCCAGUGUGUAUAAAGAAGCACCUUGUGAAUAAUUAUUUUUUUAUUUUUAUUUUUUUAGUCUUUUUGAUUUGAGAGCAUUUUAGUCUUAAGGUGAACUCAAAAGGGAUAGAUUCCUGAGAGAUCUGAGCUAAUUCAUAGCUACUGGAGUGCAUGACAGUAUGCAACUGAAUUCCCCAGGAACAAUUACUGUUGGGAGGAGCCAGCAGGACUAGAGAGCAUAGGAAUGCCUGGUCUCCAAAGAAGAUCUGAAGAGGAUACUGAUAUGCUCAAGUCCCUUUUCUUUGCAAUCCAACUGGUAAAAAUAAAAAAAAAAAGCAGAGUAUAGAGCCUGUAUAGAGGCAGGCAACAACUAACUACCAAGAACUCAAAUGCUGCAGAUAAGUAUGUCAGCCUGCAGGCAUUAGGCUCCAUCUUGCUCUAGGUAAGCAGAAGUCUGGCUGCCCUCUCUCUUCACAGAAUGUUGUUCUUUCCAGCACUUCAAAUAAAAAGCAGUCAGUACUUUUUAAACCUUGUUUCACUCCAAACACAGCGGACCUUAGUUUUUCACAAGAACAUUUCAUUAGUGCAUGGCAGAAGCAUUCAAGGAACUUCAGCUGGGAGCAAAAAAGAACCUCCUGCAAACAAGCACCGUAAGUAGCUUGCAGAUAUCAGCACAGCCCCAGUGGCUCAAGUGUGGGAGCCUGGAGCUUCAGCAGGGGAAUGAGCUGAGCUCUGAGUGUUGGCAGAUCUCUCCUAGUGAGAGAUGGUGAUGCUAGCAGGGCCACCUUGCAAGAACAGCAAGGAAGCCAAGUAGCUGGAAACAACACUAUCCAUGCCUCUGCAGGCAUCGUGUCCUCGCCCAGUUCCACACUGGCUCCAAGAUUCACGAUCCCUUGCAGACAGCCACCAAAGUCUCUAUGCCUACAGCAGUCAGUCCCACAUUGGUGUUUUGCAGUAGCUGUUUGCUCCUUUGGCCUUCUGCCAGCAUCUUCUUUCAUUGUGAGGCAAUGGGCCACAGAGAGCUUUGUAAAAAUUUAUGUUCAUGGAGGAAUUUGUAUUAGAUACUGAUUUGUGUGAAUUACUGUAUUUUGUAAGGGUUUUUUCCCUCUGGGAAUUGUGCGUUAUUAAUGAGCAGUUUUAUGCUUUACUUCUAGUACAUGUAUACCUUGUAAUUGAUUAGCAGUUUUCUUUGUUUUCCUUUGAUUCUACAUACAAAGCCAGUUAAUAUAAGGUAGAUACUCUCUGGCUGAAGUUCUGAUUUUGCCUACCAAUUAAUUUAUGGAUAAAUCCACAUCGUAGCUGAUGAUAUGCAUCAACUGUGUUGCUAUAAUCACCUGAUAGCCUACCUAGUUUUGCAGAAUAGACCUUGAAUAAGACUAAUGCUUGCUGGGCCUUAAACUAAAGGGAAACAGUGCACACACAUUUCCCAACCCCAAUUUCUGUCAGCCUUUCUCCCACACUGAUUUCCCAUAGUGACAAGAUAUUGCAGAAGAGCACUGCUAGACAAAAGGUAGCCCGAACAUUCCAAACUUCUGUACAGUAGAGCUCUGAUAGUGCCAUGCAUUCACCUGACCAAAGUAAUCAUGGUGUAUCAGAUGAACUGCAAUGAAUCAUUCAAGUAUUUCUGCAGAAAGAGCCAGGUUCAAACGUGAUCUCUCUCUAAAAGAAAAGACCUAGGCUAAAAUAUAUUUCUCAGUUUCCAUCCUGGUAUAGUUUGAAAAACAAAGGAUAUAAAAUUAAUAUAAAAAGUGCAUAAUUUCAGUGUACACCCUGUAUACCAAUGGCAGCUACUUCAGUGGCUGUUAAUUACAUUUGUGUUCCAGAAGCUUUCUUCCUUGUCCAACUCAUCUUCUCUCCUACGUUUCACUGAGAACUGAGUGUCCAACUUCUUAAUAAUUGCUGUGCGUAACGUAGAACAUAAAAAGAUACGUAAUACAGCUUGUGCAGGACUUGGUGUUGUAAUUAACCAUAUUUCGUGCCUGGUUAUCGAUUGUACAAAAAAACAGAAAGUGACAACAACCUGGCCUUUUAAUGUAUACAUCAGCAUAUUGUAGCAGCUAUUUUAGAUAACUGUUUUUAAUAGUUUUAUUAUGGUUGUAAUUUCUAUACGAGGACUGUCCAUUUGCAGAAGUGUUGAAGUAAUGCAUCAAAGCAAUUUUUAAAGCCAGUUCUAUUUAAUUACCAGUGGUGACGUAUGAAAAUUAGGACAACUGAAACAAAACCCAAAACCCAACCAAUUCACUGGAAGGAAACACAUUUUCUCAUCCUUGAAAAUUCUAUUGCAUAAGACAUUUUUUUCUAGUCCUCUUUUUACAUAACUAGUAAAUCACUAAGAAGAUAAUAGAUACAGUACAAUAGUCCAUUUUAAUAAUCUACAGUCAAAUUUUAGGCUAAUUAAGCAAACUAGAAAUUCUAGGGUUACAGUGAUUUCUCACUAUUGAAAUGCUGACAAUAAUACUGUUUACAUAACACUUGAUGUUUGAAAUCAAUGUGCCAGUGUCCAGUGAUUUGCUAAUCUAGUUUUUGAUCUAAACCUGUCCUGUUUUUUGCAGCAUACUUAACUUCAUAUUAUGAAUCAUGUUGUCUUUCUAAAGUGGUUGCCAAGUAAACCAAAAAUGUGUUUUACACUGCUAUUGCACUGCUCUUGUCUUUAUAUACAGUAGUUUUUAUAAAGAUGUCCUUAGGUUUUAAUAAAUGAGUGUAAUGUAAACUGUUCUCUGUAAUAAAACUUGCUUUAAUGUUUCAAGACCAUCUGGAAUAGCUUUAGAGGUCUGAGU